AUGUCUGAUAAUAAUGAAAACAUUCAUACGCAUAAUCAAGAAACUAAUAUAUUAGCCAAUAUAAAUAUGAAUAUGUUUGAAUUCUCGUUCGUAGACAGACCAUACAAAAUAUCAAAUGAUAUUGGCACCGGAUCUGAUACGAAUUCCCAAAACUCGGAAUUCAGUAGGAACAAAUCGAAGUCAAAACGCCUAAGCUCGAAAUUCAGUAGGAACACAUCGAAUUCAGAAUUCCUAAGCUCGAGAUCCAGUAGGAAGAUAUCUGUGUCAAAAUCUCAAAAUCAAUUAUCCUCGAAACGUUUCCUGAACCUACUUGCAUUAAUGGAUGAAAAUUAA